AUGGCUACUAGAGCGGCAUACCAUUAUCCGAACGAGCCAAUUGCCAUCAUUGGGAGUGCUUGUCGAUUCCCGGGACAUUCUUCAUCGCCAUCCAAAUUGUGGGAGCUGCUGCGCGAGCCCCGUGAUGUCCUGAGCGAGAUCCCUAGCAACCGCUUCAACCCGACAGGCUUCUACCACGAGGAUGCUCUGCAUCACGGCACAUCCAACGUCAAGCAUUCAUACCUGCUUGAAGAUGACAUCGGCGUGUUUGACGCCCACUUCUUCGGCAUCAAGCCGGUCGAGGCCAACUCGGUAGAUCCACAGCAGCGCAUUCUUCUCGAGACUGUGUAUGAAAGCCUUGAGACAGCUGGCCUUCCACUGGAGUCGCUACAGGGAUCUCGGACGGGUGUCUAUGUGGGUGUCAUGAGUGCCGACUAUGCGGAACUGUUAGGCCGUGAUAUUGACACCUUCCCAACCUAUUUUGCCUCCGGCACCGCCAGAAGUAUUCUCUCCAACCGCAUCUCCUACUUCUUUGACUGGCACGGCCCGUCUAUGACCAUCGACACGGCAUGCUCGUCCAGUCUUUUUGCCCUUCAUCUGGCUGUGCAAAGCCUGCGCGCCAGCGAGUCCUCUGUCGCCGUCGUGGCCGGCGCGAACCUUGUCCUUACCCCUGAUCAAUUCGUCGCCGAGAGCAAGCUGAAGAUGCUUUCCCCUGAUGGCCGAUCACGUAUGUGGGACAAGGACGCCAACGGGUACGCCCGCGGGGAUGGCGUGGCUUCUCUGGUCCUGAAGACCUUGAGCGCUGCCAUUGCAGACGGUGAUACUAUUGAAUGUCUCAUCCGUGAGACUGGAAUUAACCAGGACGGCCGUACUAAGGGCAUCACCAUGCCGAGUCCUACUGCCCAGGCUGAUUUGAUCCGGUCUACCUACAAGAAAGCUGGACUGGACUUGUCCAAGUCUUCAGAUAGGCCCCAGUACUUUGAGGCCCACGGAACUGUCAUUGGGCACACUGAAGGAACUGCUGGUGUGGCUGGAGUCAUUAAGGCAUCUCUGGCAUUGCAGAAUGGUCUGGUUCCGCCUAAUUUGUUACUCAACGAGCUCAACCCGGCCGUUAAGCCUUUCUAUGGCGACCUGGAGAUUCUUAAAGAAGCCAAGAAGUGGCCAGAACUUCCGGAUGGGACGCCACGACGUGCGAGCGUCAACAGUUUUGGAUUCGGUGGCGCCAAUGGGCAUGUCGUUCUCGAGAAAUACGACAUUCCAGAUGUCGGACCGGUUCAGCCACAAGUGUUGCAACUGAGCCCGUUUCUCUUCUCGGCUGCCUCUGAGAAAGCCCUCACCGGAACUCUCGCUGCGUUCUCGUCGUACCUCCGUACCCACCCCACAGUCGAUCUACGAGAUCUAUCGUGGAAUCUGAGUGACCGACGGUCGACAUUGCCGGUGCGACUCUCGGUGGCAGCGACGAAUAUUGAAAGCCUCACCUUGAAGCUCGACGAGCUGUCCAAGACACCUUCGGGAGUUGUUACAGCGGCCUCCGAUCGUAUCCAGGAUCUGCAGGAUGCACUCGACAGCCUUCCCUCCGAGCAUGCCCCAACGUGGUCUUUGAGAGAGGAACUCUCCAAGGACAAGACUUCGUCCCGUGUGGGCGAAGCCGCCUUCUCGCAGCCCCUGUGCACUGCGGUUCAGAUCGUGCUCGUGGAUCUUUUGAGAGCGGCCAAUGUACGGUUUGCAGCUGUGGUCGGCCACUCGUCGGGCGAGAUUGCUGCAGCCUAUGCUGCCGGUUACAUUUCGGCUCAAGACGCCAUUCGAAUUGCAUACUAUAGAGGAUACUACUUGCAUCUGGCAAGAGGACCUGAAGAGUCCGGUGGUGGCGCCAUGAUGGCAGUCGGCACUACAUACGAGGACGCCCAGGCUCUCUGCGAGCUAGAAAUCGCCGCCGGGCGGGUGUGCAUUGCUGCGAGCAAUUCUCCUGACAGCCAGACCCUCUCUGGCGACCGCGACGCCAUGGAGGGAGUCAAAGAAGUUCUCGAGGAGGAGAAUAAGUUUGCUAGGUUCUUGAAGGUCGACAAGGCCUAUCAUUCACACCACAUGGUGCCAUGCACUGGCCCAUAUAUCGAGGCGCUCAAGAACUGUGGUAUCGCGGUUCAGCCACGACAAGCUGACCGUGAAUACCCAUCUUGGAUUUCUAGUGUUUACGGGGAAGAUAUCGAGACGAUUGACACCAAGUCUCUGGCAGCAGAGUAUUGGAGCCGAAACAUGGCCAACCAGGUCUUGUUCACACAGGCUAUCGAGUACGCUGUUGGGGCCAGAGGACCUUUCGACCUGGCCCUUGAGGUUGGACCACAUCCGGCGCUCAAAGGCCCUGCUCUGCAGACCAUCCAGGCCGCAGUCGGUCAGGCUAUACCCUACUCUGGAACCUUGCGACGUGGUGCGGACGACGUCGAGGCGUUCUCUGAAGGACUGGGUUCUUUAUGGGCCUUCCUUGGGCCGAAAGUCGUCGACUUCACGGCUUUGGAUAGAAAGGCUCAUGGUGAUGGCGUGCAUAUUCCAUCGCCAAGACUCCUAAAAGAUCUCCCCACGUACGUUUGGGAGCAUGACCGCAUCUACUGGCACGAGUCUCGCUACUCUAAAGCCUUUCGUGCUGCUAGCCAACCACCACACCAGCUGCUCGGCACCAGAGUGCCUGACGGCACAGUGAAUAACAACGAAGUCCGCUGGAAGAAUCAUCUCCAGGUACGAGAGCUUCCAUGGUUGGUUCACCACCAGGUAGAACGGCAGAUUGUUUUUCCAGCGGCGGGAUACCUCUCCACCGUCCUGGAAGCUGUUAUUCAACUUUAUGGUCUAGACUCGGUCCGGCUUGUCGACAUUCACGAUGUGACCAUCGGACAAGCCUUAGUCAUCGAGGAAAACUCCCAAGUUGAGACGCUUUUUAGUCUCCGGGCAACCGAGACUACGGCAGACUGGGUCGAAGCCGUCUUCGCAUUCUACUCGGCCCCGGCCUCGGCCAAAGGCUCGACGGAUUUGGUCAAGAAUGCAUCCGGCCGGUUUCGUGUUACUUUGGGCGACCCCGCAGACAGCACUUUGCCAGAGCCCUACACUCCUGAGAGAUACCAGUUUCUUGAAGUCGAGCCAGAGCGAUUCUAUGAUACCAUUGGGGAAGUCGGUCUCGGUUAUACUGGGCCAUUUCGCAAGCUUCAAGAAACGAGCAGGAGGCAACAUGAGGCGACGGGCCUCAUUCAGACCCCAGAUGUUGAAGACGAGGCUGAUGCUGGAAACCCCCUGCUUGUGCACCCUGGCACACUAGACUGCGCAAUUCAGGCCAUUAUCCUCGCUCACAGCUACCCAGGUGACGGUAGGGUACGAUCUAUUUAUCUCCCGACCAAUAUUGACCGCGUGCGCAUCGACGCCUACUCUUGCGCCAAGUUAAAGGGGCCUGCCGGCUCCAAGUUGCCCUUCUACGCUUCGGUCACGUCAGACAAGCAGACCGACUUGUCUGGUGACGUGGAGGUGCACUCGCAAGACGGCAGUGCCGUUCUUGUUCAACUGGAGGGUCUACGCACCACUCCGUUAACACCGCCGGCCGCGUCAAACGACGUGCAGCUCUUUUUUGAGACAUCAUGGGUGUCCGAAACUCCGACGAGCAAUACUGACUUGUGGAAUGGCAAGGAAGAAGAGUCGGAAGACUACACUUUGUCCUUCUCGCUGGAGCGGGUGGCUUACUACUACGUUCAUCAGCUCGGAACAGCCAUACCCCAAGGGGAGAGAGCAAAGCUGGACUGGCAUUUUAAAAUAUUUUACGAAUAUAUUGACCAUGUCAUCUCACAGGUUGCCGAGGGUACGCAUCCAUAUGCUAAGUCGGAGUGGGCAAACGACUCGAGAGAGGAUAUCCUCUCCGUGAUCAACCGAUUUCCCGACAGUAUAGAUUUGCGUAUUAUGCAGGCUGUGGGAGAAAAUCUAGUGGCAGCCAUGCGUAAUGAAAUUAACAUUCUAGAGGCAAUGAUGAAGGACAAUAUGCUCACCAACUUCUAUGCUUACGCCCUGGGUAUGGAGAGGUACCUCCUUGACCUGACUCGCAUGGUAGGACAGAUCAGCCGUCGCUUUCCACACAUGAAUGUUCUAGAGAUUGGUGAGCUUGAGAAACCGGAGAAGCCCGAUUGGAAUUUCGCUGACCAUCUGAUAGGAGCUGGUACUGGCGGAGCUACGGAGGAAAUUCUCAAGCAGCUUGCAGGAUCCUUUUCUUCUUAUACUUACACCGACAUCUCUAGCGGCUUUUUUGAAAAGGCUCAAGAUCGAUUUGAACAGCAUCGAUCACGCAUGGUGUUCAAGGUCCUUGACAUCGAGAAGGAUAUCGAGGAUCAGGGUUACCAGCCGCAGUCCUUCGACCUGGUGAUUGCUUCCUUGGUCCUGCACGCCACUCGCAAGCUCGAGGACACUCUGAAGAAUGUGCGCAAGCUGCUGAAGCCCGGUGGUCGGCUACUUCUGCUCGAGCUGACGGACAAUGCCCCGAUUCGCUUUGGCUUCAUCUUUGGCGGCCUCCCUGGCUGGUGGCUGGGCUACGACGAUGGUAGAAAGCUUUCACCGUGCAUCUCGACUGAAGAAUGGGAGGCGGUGUUGAAGAAGACGGGAUUCUCCAGCCUAGAAGCCGUCACUCCUCACAACCAGAAGUUCCCUCUACCUCUCUCGGUUCUUUGCACCCAGGCGCUGGAUGAUCGCAUGGCCUUCAUUCGUGAUCCUCUUGAUACGACAUUCCCGUCUCUCGAUGUCGAAUUUCUCACUAUCAUUGGGGGGCAUUCACACGAAACGCAGCUGCUAGUCCAGCAUAUCCAAGGUAUCCUCCAACGUCAUUACAAGAGCCCCAUAGAUAUUAUUGAGUCUCUGGAAGCUGUAUCAAAGCGUGAGCUACCUUUCCUUGGCAGUGUAAUCAGCUUAGUGGAUCUCGAGGACUCCCCUACUUUCCAGGAUCUGACGGCACAGAAGCUGGCUAGCUUAAAGGAUGUGUUCAGACAAAGCAAGAAUAUCGUUUGGGUAACGCGAGGUGCGCUCACGGAAAACCCCUACCGGAACAUGUACAGAGGACUUCAACGCACCAUUGUGAAGGAGAUGCAGCACCUGCAUGUCCAAUUCUUGGAUUUCGCCACGGUUGCCGACGUGGACAGUGUCACUAUCGCCGCCAGGCUGCUUCAGCUCGAGGCAGGCAGUAACUGGGAGCAGGAUGCUGGGCCAGGGCUGCUCUGGUAUCAAGAGCCAGAAAUCUUGAUCCAGAACGGAACGGCUGUGGUGCCUCGUGUGCGGCCAAGCGCACACCGAAACGACCGGUACAACUCGGGCAGACGGCUCGUCACCCAGAAAGUCAAUCUCGAUGAAACUAUCGUAUCCAUUCGAAACCAGGGCCAGGGCCCCGGAGCAGAUUUCGCUGUCCAUCAGGCAGGAGUUCGUGCCUCUGUCGCAGCAUCAAUUGGCCGAGUCGAGAUAAACCUCUCCCACUCACUACUCCACGCCAUCGCGUUCCCUGGAGGCAGCUUCCUUUACUUGUCUACAGGCUACGAUGGCAAGACAGGAGACAGGAUCAUCCUAGUGUCUGAAAAUUUAGACUCCCGAGUCUAUGUGCCACAAGACUGGACUUUCCCUUUUACUCCCGAGACUGAAGACGAUGAAAAGCGAACCUUGGUCGGCCUUCACGCCCAACUUCUUGCUGACUCUAUCCUCUCCAACGCUGAGAUUGGCGAGGUAGUGGCAGUACUGAACCCCGACUAUGCCCUAGGCGCAGUACUAGCGCAACGGGCGACCGAGAAAGGGGUGAAAUUAGUGCUACUUUCGACUGACAAAACUGCUUCCGUGGGAGGCCCCUGGAUCUCGAUACACGCGCGCUCCACGGGUCGCGAUCUGCGCAGGGCAGUCCCCCGAAACUUAACGCAGCUCUUCAACAUUGGUGGUUCACGCGAUCUUGUAGAUACUCUCACCAGCUAUCUGCCCGCGAGCUGUGUGGUCCGGGACGGCAAAUCUUUGACCAGCCCCUCCUCUCGCCUUCCCGUCGACUUCUUUGCUGCCGUGCCGGACAUUGCCGGCAAUCACCUUCGACUAGCGCUUGCGCGAUCCGCAAGAGAUUCGAUACUUGUCGGAGAGGGAGAUAGGCUUGCUUCAAUAACACUUUCUGAGCUGGCCAACGGAUCAGCGCCGGGGCUUGGUGAGCAGGCCAUCAUUGCAUGGCGCUCCUCUAGCCAUGUGCCCGUGCAUGUGCAGCCCGCUAGCAAAGUGGUGCGGUUCCGACGGGAUAGGACAUACUGGAUGGUGGGUUUGACAGGCAGUCUGGGAUUAUCACUCUGCGAAUUCAUGGCUAGGCGCGGUGCUGGAUAUAUAGUGCUCUCGAGCCGGAAUCCCAAGGUGGACAAAGCAUGGUUACGGACGUUGGCAGACCAGGGUUGCACUGUCAAGGUGUUUGCUAACGACAUAACCAACCGCGAAGACGUGAGGAACCUGUACAAGCAGAUCUCAGCCAGUCUUCCGCCGAUUGCCGGUCUUUCGCAAGGUGCCAUGGUCCUACAUGAUUCCCUCUUCCCGGACGUGGAAUUAGACCGGGUCCAGAAAGUGGUGAGAUCCAAGGUUGCAGGUAGUAUCUACCUCGACGAGAUUUUCUCAGACAAGACCAAGCCGCUCGACUUCUUCGUCUUCUUCUCCUCGGUUGCCUAUGUGACAGGCAACGCGGGUCAGAGCAUUUAUGGAGCGGCCAACGCGUUCAUGGCGAGUCUAGCAUCCCAACGACGCCGCCGAGGCCUAGCCGCAUCGGUGAUCAACAUUGGUGCCAUCCUAGGCGCUGGGUAUGUGUCCAGAGAAUUGACGCAGCAGCAGCAGGAAUACCUGCGAAAGGUCGGCCACGUGUGGAUGUCGGAGCAGGAUGCUCACGAGAUCUUUGCGGAGGGUGUCCUCGGCAGUAGUGUCGACUCGGCUGACACGGCUGAGUUUGAAACCGGCUUCAGAACCGACAACAACCGAGCUCGGGACCUGGAGGUUGAACCGCCUAUGUUCCAGCAUCUCCGGACCAAGACAAGCGACCAAGUCGAUAUCAGUAAUGCCAAGACGAAGUACACCAUCAAGACGAAAGCUCAGUUGCUCGAAGCCACAACCCACGAGCAAGUGUUCGAAAUUCUCAAAGAGGGUUUCUUGAUCAAAUUGCAGGUAGCUCUGCAGGCAGAUCCGAACAAGCCCAUGUUGGAAAUAAGCCUAGAUGAACUGGGUGCUGACUCGCUCGUCGCUGUCGACAUUCGGUCGUGGUUCCUUAAAGAGCUCGGCGUAGAUUUGCCCGUGUUGAAGAUACUCAACUCGCCGUCGGUUCGGGACUUGCUGCUCUUCGCACAGGAUGCUCUACCAGAGAACGCCAUCCCUAAUGUUUCGGGCGGCGGUGGUAGCGAUCCUCGGCCGGCCGAUGGUGCAAUGGAGCCGGAACCUGCCAAAUCUGAACCACUACCACUCCCCGCUAGAUCGGAAACAACAUCACUAACUUCUUCUACCCAACUGAGGUCGGGCCCCGGCUCCGAGAGCUCAACUGAAUCUGCAGUCACUGCUAGGACGUCAGCUACAGCCUCGGAGGCAGGCGAGGCCGACUCCAACUCAGAAUCCGUGGAGGGGAAAAUACGAGCCCUACACGAGCUGCAGAAGCCUGGAAGCCUGGGGCAGAGAUCGCUGCCCAUGUCCUUUGGUCAGUCAAGGUUCUGGUUCUUGAAACACUACGUGCAAGAUCAGACAUCCUUCAACAUUACGACCGUAAUCAAACUACAUGGAAGGAUCCGGCUUGAUGCUCUCGAGAAAGCAGUGGUGGCCGUGGGCCAGCGCCACGAAGCAUUGCGCACCCUUUUUUACACCGACGAAAAAACCAAGAAACCCAUGCAAUCAGUGCUACCAGAGCCCGUGUUCCGUCUAGAGCGAGCCACUAUCGCCGACGACGAGGAACUACAGGACGCCGUGCAGCGUCUUAAGAACCACGUUUAUGAUCUUGAGCGCGGAGAAGCGCUGCGAAUUCAGCUCUUGUCAAUUUCCCCGGAGCGCCACUACCUUCUGCUAGGCUAUCACCACAUCUAUAUGGAUGGCAUUGGCUAUGUAAUAUUGAUUUCGGAUCUUGAAAAGGCAUACGGCGGACUGCUCAACAUCAAGCCUCCUGCAACUGAGGUACUUCAAUACCCUGACUUUACGACCAAGCAAAUUCGCGAAUACGAGACAGGGGGCUGGUCUGACGAGUUAUCCUUCUGGCGCACUCAAUACUCUAAUUUACCAGAGCCGCUACCACUACUGCCCUUGGCUGGUGCGUUGGCACGACCAACUUCGGGGAACCAGGAAGCUGGUGUCCACACGGCCAGCUUCCGGAUUCCUAAGGACCUAGCAGACAGUAUUGGUCAAGUGAGUCGUCAGUUCAAAGUAACGCCGUUUCAUCUAUACGUGGCCGUUUUCCACCUUCUCUUGUACCGUUUCACAAAUCUAGUUUCGGAAGAUAUGUGUAUCGGGGUAGCUGACGGCAACCGCAAAGAAGCCGACGUGUUGCAGAGCCUGGGUAUCUUCCUCAACGUGUUGCCGCUGCGUCUGAAGCGCAGCCCCCGCCACACCUUCGCCGACACGCUGCGAGACGUGCGAACGGUAGCUCAAGAGGCCUUUGCAAACUCACGAGUGCCAUUUGACGUACUACUUAACGAGCUCAGUGUCCCACGAGAGCCAUCACACGCGCCACUAUUCCAGGCCUUCGUCAACUACCGCCAGAAUGCGACCGAAGCACGCCGCUUCCUGGACUGCGACGGCGAGCUCGACAUCGUCUCGACCGGCGAGACAGACUACGAUAUUAGUCUGGAUAUUCUAGAUCUUGGUGCGAGCGGUGGCGAGAAUCUUGUUGUUUUGGCCGUACAGAAACAUCUGUACGAAGCCGAGGGAGCUAAGAUCCUGCUCAAGAGCUACGUAAAACUACUACGACAGUUUCUAAGCAACCCUGCAGCGCGAGUCUCUUGGCCUUCUCUAUAUGAUGAGAAGGAUGUAAAUCGUAGCCCUCAACGUACCUGUCUUUAUCCCACGAUUGUACAUCGCAUUGAUGCCAUGGUAGACAAGUAUCCCGGGCGAACGGCUCUUCGAGAGCCAAAUGGACACCAGUUGACGUACGAGAACUUGGCCAAGCGGGUUGCGGCCAUUGCAGAACAACUUGUGGGCCAAGGCAUUGGUCGUGGAGAGAUUGUGGGCGUGCAUCAAGCGGCCCGGGCAGAUUGGACGGCUACGCUGCUGGCCAUCCUGCGAAUCGGCGCUAUCUACGUACCCCUGGAUCAGAAGCAGGGCAUAGAUCGGCUCUCACUGAUUGUUCAAGACUGUCUACCCACAGCCAUCGUGAUCGACUCUCUGACCGAGGCCGAGGAUUUCAUUAUUGCUCAAAGCAAACCGGGUGCCCCUCUCAUCAUCAACGUGUCCCAUAUUUCUCAGGUACCAAAGACGAACCCGAUUCCGAUCCAAGCCAAAGCGGACGAUCUAGCUGUGGUGUUGUACUCGAGCGGGUCCACCGGGGUGCCCAAGGGCGUAGAGCUCAGCCACGCCAACUUCAGUUACUACAGCGAUGCAGCACCGAUCGAGUGGGACAUGCGUGAGGGUCAAGAGGUUUUCCUGCACCAGGCUUCGUACAUGUUCGAUGCAUCCCUGCUACAGACCAUAUUCCCACUCGGGUUCGGAAGCACGGUUCUGGUGGUCGGAAACGAAGCGCGGGGGGACCCGACAGCAAUCCCGGAGCUGGUGGCGCGCGAGAACAUCACGAUCUUGGGAGCCACGCCCACCGAGUACCUGACCUGGGCCCGCCACUGGGACGCUGAACUGCUGAGGAAAUCACCAUGGCGGGUAGCACUAACCUGGGGAGAGCCAAUGUCCAAGCGGCAGCUGCGCGAGUUCCAACGGCUCGCUAAGCCUAACCUGAAGCUUAUAGAUGCAUAUGGGCCUGUAGAGACCACUAUAUCUAUCGGUCAAGGACAGGUGCCGUGGAACAAGAUCGUCAUUGAUGAUGACAGACCUGGAAACCCCAGGUUUCCGUUGACAGUGAUGCCCAAUGUCUCUAUCCGUAUUGUCGACGAGGCACUUAACACGGUCCCGACUGGGGUGGUGGGUGAAAUCAUCAUUGGCGGCGCUGGUGUUGGGAAGGGCUACCUGAAGAAUGACGAGGGUACGGUAGCCAAAUUCAUACCCGAUGAGUACAAUAGACCUUGGCCCACGGCAUAUCGGACCGGAGAUCGAGGCUGGCUCGAGCAAGACGGCCGACUGGUGUUGCAGGGGAGAAUCGAAGGAAGCACACAGGUCAAGUUGGCUGGCAUUCGCAUCGACCUGCGCGAUGUAGAGGCCGUCAUUACUCAAGUGCAUCAUCAGCAAUACAUGCGACCCGCCAUCGUUGUGGAAGUUAAUCAACUUCCAACCAAUAGCGCUGGCAAACUUGACCGCCGUACCGUGGAUGGCUGGCCUUUGCCAGACUCUGCUGGUGCAGACACACUAAAAUUGGACACAAAAGGCGAGCUCACUCAACUCGAGACGACGCUCAGCCUGCUCUGGGUCGAAGCACUUCCCCAAGCGCUUACCCCUUCGCAUCAAGAUUUGGACCGCUCCAUUACAGUUGAAUCCGACUUUUUCCACCUGGGAGGAAGCUCAUUGGCGUUGAUCAAUCUGCAGGGACUAAUCAAAGAGCGACUCGGACAAUCGGUCCCCAUUUUCCGGCUCUUCCAAGCCAGCACUCUAGGCGCAAUGGCUACCCUGCUCGAGCAAGGAAGCUCAGAUAACCUGCAUGAUGGAGACUAUACCCAGCUAACUCCUGCUCCGAUCAACUGGACAGACGAAGUGGCUCUCCCUUCUGACCUCUUGAACUCGGUAGUCGUCAACGGCAAGUCUCGUCUCUCGCCACGCGGCACGCCAAGCGUGGUAGCACUCACUGGGUCCACAGGGUUCAUUGGUCGGGAGAUCUUGCGUCAGCUACUCGAUGACAACCAUGUCUCCAAGGUUUACUCUUUAGCAGUGCGCAAGAAGCCGGCCGAAGUCGUGGCAGAAUUCCCCGACCUAUUCAGCCAUCCCAAGGUGAUUAUCAAGGAGGGGGAUCUUGGUCUACCACGCCUGGGCCUAUCCGAGGCCGAGGCUUCUUCCAUAUUCGGACUCAGCGAUAGCAGCAGCAGUGAAUCGCCAGCCCCAAUUGAGGCCAUCAUCCAUAUCGGCGCCGACGUAUCUUUCCUCAAGACCUACAAAUCGCUACGCCUCACCAACGUAGCCUCAACCCGUGAACUUGUGCGUCUGGCCGCACCGCGCCAACUGCCAUUUCAUUUUGUGUCGUCGGCCGCAGUAGCACGCCUCGCCGCCACCGCCGCGGGUCGCGACAGCUUCGGUCCCCAGUCUGCGGCACCGUACUAUCCGCCGCCGCCGGGCGCCGAAACGGCCGAUGGUUACGCGGUUGCCAAGCUGGUCUCAGAGCUGUUUCUUGAGAACGCCGCUCAGACGCUCGGCUUGCCUGUCUACAUCCACCGACCCUCAAGCGUAACGGGCGAAGGUGCCAGCGAGCUGGACCUCAUGGCCAAUAUGGCGCGGUACACUGCCGCAAUCAGAGCCGUACCCGACACGCGCGGCUGGAACGGGGGCUUCGAUUUUAUCGGAGUCGGUAGCGUGGCGCGGGACAUUGUCCACGUCGUGUUACAGAGCCACGGUGGCAACGGCCAAGGGAACAAAGUGCAUUACCAUUAUCAGUCAGGCGAGACGGUCAUCGACAGUGACCAAAUCCUCCAGUCAGCCACUUCUGGCGGCGGGCCACCCCCUGAGGUACUGUCCUUCGAUGUAUGGGUACAACGGGCUGAAGACGCUGGGUUGAACCCUCUACUUGGACUGUACCUCCGUCGCGCCGCGAAGGGAGGGCUUUUAUUACCAAGAUUAUUGAAGGAAUAG